CAGAUUUUUGUCAAGUCUGUACGGUCGGAGUAAUUAUUUCGCCUAUUGAUUUGAGUAGAAGCAAGCAAACAUUGCUCCAGCAAAUUGGUAGUCGAAGAUCAAUCAAAGUACACUUUUACACCUCAAAUAUAAAAUUUUCAUAGCUACGAACUAGGUACUUGUUUGCAUUAUACUUAUAAAUCUUCUAGUAAUGAUUUCUGAAGAUUUUGUUAAAUUAUGGUAACAAAUACAGAUAUUUAUAUAUUAACUCACCACAAUGUUUAUCCAUACUUCCAUACUUCCAUACUUCCAUACUAAUAUAAAGAGAAAAAAAAUGUAUUUUUGUUUGUAAUGAAUAAACACAAAACUACUGGGCAAACUUCAGGAGUAGGUACCAGCUGUUUCUGCAAUGAAGUCUGUGUCUCUGUUGCGUGGCAUCACGGCCGUGGCCAUCGCUGGCGUGCUGGUGUCCACGUAUGCACUGUAUGUGGAGAUGGCAGUGGAGGCCCGUCCUGGGUACAAGGCGCUAUGCGACAUUGCUGAGCGCGCCAGCUGCUCCAGGGUGCUCACGUCCGAGUAUUCAAAGGGCUUUGGAUUUAUGCCAAAAGAGUCAUCACUGGAAGUACCGAAUUGUAUAUUCGGAAUAUUAUUUUAUUGCAUUAUGAUAUUUUUGGCGACGUUUGAUCACAAAUUCGCUGUGCGGCUGCAGUUCUUCUUGGCAUUAACGUCGGUCACAUCCAGUGUAUACCUGGCGUAUCUUCUUGUCUUUGUUUUACACGAUUUUUGUAUAGUUUGUGUUUCAACAUAUUUUAUUAAUGCAGCCUUAGUUGCAUUAGUCUAUAAAAAGACUAAAUUAGUAACUGCGAAAAAUAAAUAAAAAUGUUCAUGAACGUUCAGCGCCAUCUAGUGUUCAUACCUGGGAACACUGCACAGAGCCAUCUGUAAACAGGAUUUCUAACUUUUAUUAUCGUCAUCUAUUGACACAAAUUGUAAAUACAAUUACAGCCAUCUAUUGUUGAGUAGCUGCACUAAAAUUAAAUAUAGUUUUUUAAUAAGUUGUAUAGAUGGCGCUUUUCGAAGAAAAAUUUUAGUAAUUUUUUUCAUGAAGUUGUUACGAGAAAACCAGUAGUUGUUAAAAUAAAAGCAAAAUUGUUUUGCUAUAUACACAGGGUAUUUUUUAUUGACUACAAAUUUUCACAAUAUUCUCAGGGUACACGGAAUACGUACAAUAAUUUCAAAAUUUUCCAUUUCCAAAGAAUUGUCUGCUGUUUGCCCAAAUUGUAUUUUUGAUAUAGAUAUCUUUUGCAAGCUCAAUAUCAUCAGUUUCUGUUCACAAAAUUCUAUGAGCUGAAAAAAUAUCCUGUAUAAUGAAAGUAUGCUACCAAUUUUAUUUUGAUAAAAUCGAUUUAUAAUAAAUACUAAAAAAUG